UCAGCCUCAAGCCACGUCGCGCCUCCCUGCCAACGCCGUUUCAUGACAAAUUCAAUGUUCUCGAGUAAGUUCCUCCCAUUCGUAUCCUUAGUAACAUCUGGCUGCUUCAUCACCCUGGGAUCUAGGAUAGAGCCCACUUCAAAUAGCUGCUCGUACCUGCCGUUCUCCGAGAAAGCUCCUCCCACUCUGUGUGGUUUUCAAAUGGUUGCUUGCUAUCUCAUCAUCCCGCGUUUCGGCUGAGCGUCUACUGCAAACAGCACGCUGACAUCCCUCAUCCUGCUCAGAUAGACCGAUGAUGUCGCUCGCUUCUGGUCAUGAUCCAUCAGCCCUCGUUCGCCACCGGACAUAUUCACCUGGACAAAGUCGAUUGGAUCAAGCCACAGGCCCAAGUGUCGCUCAGUCCCGCUCCCGCUCUUGCUAACUGCAUACUUCGAGUUUGCUGGCCAUCUCGGACUCCGCUCAUGUAGGAUGACGAGAUACCAGUUGCAUCAUGCCAAGGGUAUGUCGGCCGCGCUCAGCGCUCAUCUGAUGCCUUUACGGUCUUCGGAGUCAAAUCAAGACGCCGAGGACGCGACACAACCCGACUCCUCUAUUGACUGAUUUUUGCCCGAACAUAAUCAUGGCCCUCUCAUCUAAAAACGAUCUCUAGCACCAAGGAGGUAAAUCAUGUCAACUACUGUGUCACAUCUCGAGGUCGAAGGGUGGUGCGCCUGCGUUAUCCGUCAGUUACCUCGAGGCUAGGCACUUCUCCGAAGGAGGUCCAAAACUACUAUUGCACUGUCGACGUGGCAUUUAGGCGCUAACAGAGCUAACAGAGAAUCUCGUAUGCUUCUAUGCUACAGGAUGCGCUGGCUCGGGAAGUGAAACGCUCAGACGCGCCCCUACGUGUUGCAUGCGCCGACUUUUACGCUGUUUGCCAUGUAACCACAUUAACCCGCGCAUACCAUACAGGUUUUGGCCUCCAAUUCGUCCAGCACCCGUCCAGCUCUCAUUUAGGUCGAUGUCUUUCGAGCACUUAUAAGGCAGACAAGAAAUGCCAGGAUCUCCAGUUUCAGCACCACCUUUCACAGUCUUUCCUCAGCUUCUGUUCCCCGAUCGUCCUCGAUCUUUCACUGAACGAUCAAAGUUCAACUUUCAUUCAUUACCCAAGACAACCCGCACAACCAUGGUUGCCCUCACUUCUGUCUUUACCACUCUCUUUGCUGCUGCCCUUUCUAUCACCGGCGUCGUCGCCGCCCCUGUGAAUCAGACCCUCUCUGCCCGUUCCGCUGCCCCGGCGGCUCCUCACUUCGUCGCGUACGACGACAAGUGGAUCACCCCACCGUCUGCUGCCGACCUUGAGGGCUAUAAUGUAUACGCGCUCACCUUCUGGCGCCCGAACGCUCCCGUCGACCAGGCCCAAAACUGGGCGGGACUCGACGUCGCAACACGCACCUUAGCCCUGACGAACUACAGGGCGGCGGGAAUCAAGACCGUCGUGUCUGCAUUCGGCGCCGAUUUCUUCCCGACGAGCGGCAGCCCGGCGCUGGACCCCACGCAGACGGCCGACCAGCUCGCGGCAUGGGUGAUCCAGUAUGGCCUCGACGGCGUCGACAUCGACUACGAGGACUACACUGCGAUGAACAAGAAGGACGGGUCUGCGGAGCAGUGGCUCAUCACGUUCACGACCGAGCUGAGGAAGAAGCUGCCUGCGUCUGACUAUUUCAUCAGCCACGCUCCUCUCGCCCCCUGGUUCUCGCCAAUUUACACGUCUGGUGGUUACCUUAAGGUCGAUCAACAGGUUGGCUCCCUGAUCGAUUGGUACAACGUCCAGUUCUACAAUGACAAUGCCGAAUACUCCACCUGCGACGGCCUCAUCAACACCUCCUCCGCGACGUACCCCAACACGGCCCUCUUCCAGAUCGUCGCGGCGGGUGUCGCCGCCGACAAGCUCGUCAUCGGCAAGCCCGCCACCAGCGCCGACGCGCCCCAAGGCGGCUACAUGAGCGCGAGCGACCUCGCGUCUUGCCUCCAGCAGGCGACCGCGAAGAACUGGAACGCCGGCGUCUCGGUCUGGCAGUACCCCGACGCUGACGCCGCCUGGAUCAAGACGGUCCGCUCGCUCGCGUUCCCCGAGUAAAUCGAGCGCGCUGCGCUUUCCCUAGCCGUGAUUUCUCAUGAAGUUAGUAUUACUCGGGCGCAUACUCGUGCAAACGAGGGAUCUUUUGUGAUAUCCGUAUAUUUUAUAGAUUUGUGCUACGGGAUUUGCGGGGUGCCUUGAUAGUUACCCUACCGUUUGCUGUAUACCC